GAUGUUGAUUACUAAGCUUCGGUUAUAGACAUUGCUGUUUGCUGCGCUUGCAAGGGUAAUAAAAAGUAAUUUGAAUACAUCAUAUUUAAAGCCGCCCAGCGCGUUUCAUGCGGUUCAGGACAUCCAGCUAUGCUUGGCUCUUUCGGUUGAGCAGCUUUGUUGGUGAAAAGUGUGUGUCAGCGAGCCCAUUGCGCUGCCUCAUCAGACCGACAUUUUACGGCGGUGUUCAUUUACUCCUCACCCGGAAACCCACGAUGCAGUCUGGUCGAAAUGCGACCCAUAGUAACUCCGGCGCGAAUGAUUUGGACAGAGCUGAGAAAACGGGACCAGGGCUCCGCAGCAGCAACAUUUCCAGCCACACCCUUUCCCCGGAAGGCGUCUGCCCUUCGGGAGAGAGGAUGCGAGUGGUGGCCUCGCUUUUGGCCAGUGAGAGACACCUGAGGACCCCGAGUCCUCAGGUAGAUGACGACUCAGAAGCUGAGUCUUUUCGGGAUGGCAGAAGCGAAGAGGUCGACCGAGAUACAAAAAGCAGAGCGUUUUUGUGGUGCAGGGACUUUUUGUCUGGAUCAUGGAAAACUGUUCAAGAAGCGGAUUUUCAAAUUAGUAUUGUCAGUGGUGGACUGAGUAAUCUACUGUACCUAUGUACCUUGCCUGACCAUGUCCCAUGUUUGGGGGAAGAACCCCGGCAGGUGCUGCUGAGAGUCUACGGUGCCAUCUUGCAGGGUGUGGAUUCUCUGGUACUGGAAAGUGUGAUGUUUGCUAUUUUGGCAGAGCGAACUUUGGGGCCAAAGCUUUAUGGUAUCUUUCCAGAAGGACGUUUGGAGCAGUACUUACCUAACACCCGCAUGCUCACAGAGCAGCUCUCAGACCCGAUCAUUUCAUCCGAGAUCGCCACCAAACUGGCACGCUUUCAUGGCAUGGUAAUGCCCUUUAACAAAGAGCCCAAGUGGCUGUUCGGGACCAUUGACAAAUACAUGGAUGAAGUGAUGAAGAUUAAUUUUGUGCGUGAAACACAUGUGAAAAAGUACAAUAAACUGAUGCAGUUUGAUCUGCCUGCUGAGCUAAAGAGUCUCCGUUCUUUGCUGGCAGCGACUCCAUCACCAGUGGUGUUUUGUCAUAAUGAUGUCCAAGAAGGAAACAUCCUUAUCCUGGAGGACAGGGACCACACAUUGACAGAAAAACUGAUGCUGAUUGACUUUGAAUAUAGCAGUUACAAUUACAGGGGUUUUGACUUUGGGAACCAUUUCUGCGAGUGGACGUAUGAUUACACGUGGAAUGAGUGGCCGUUUUACAAAGUCACACCUGAGAACUAUCCGACCAGAGAGCAGCAGCUUCACUUCAUCAGAAGUUAUUUGGCUGAGCAAAGUCGACACACUAAGAGUGACCUGGAUCAGACACAAGUUGAAGAGGAUAUGAUAAUUGAAGCAAACAGAUAUGCAUUAGCAUCGCAUUUCCUCUGGGGACUGUGGUCCAUCAUUCAGGCCAAGUUAUCCAAGAUUGAGUUUGGCUAUAUGGAUUAUGCUCAGAGCCGUUUUGAUGCCUACUUCAAGCAGAAAAAGCUCUUCUCCUAAAUUCCUCCAUCUGAAAAUCAGAAUGUACUGUCUUUUUCCGUGUUUACCACCUCUCCAGCUCUGCUAAUGGCUAUGCAAAGAUUUUUUUUUAUACUAUCUUUAAUUUGUCUGAUUAUAAUUUGUGAGUGUAAAAACAAGAAUGUAAAAAGAUGUUUUGAGAAAAUGCACACAUUCAAUUUGUUUAACACUUUUAUAUGAAGAGUUAUGAGUUGAUAACCACUCGGUAUAUUUUUGGCUAUUUAACUCUUAAGUUAACCAGUUCUGGACCACUUUGUGACAUUCAUGCAUGUUUAAUCUUUUGUCUUGCCAGAGAAUUAUUGUCUUCACGUUGGACUGUACAUUUCAUAAUUUUAGUAAAUGAGUCCAAACUACAAAGCUUUUUUGGAAUAGAACCCUUGUUUGUAACCCAUUAAUGUUGUUGUUUUUUUGUUUCUUUUUAUUUAUUCUACUUCAGUUGUUUUGAUGUUCUCUCUACAUUAGGAUGUAUAUACUCCUAAUGGUGAAUGUGAUUAAUUCCAUCCCUUUGUAUCAAAACUGAUUUCCUUGAGACUUACCUGCUCCAUGUUAUCUUUUUUGAAAAAAAAAAAAAAUUCUCUAGAUAUUCUUCAGUACUGUAUAAAAUUUAAAUCAUACUCGUAUUAAACACUGUAUCACAGUAGUCAUUGAUACUGUUCAUGUAACCAUGGAAGUAAUCGUACGGUUUAUGUUGUUAAUUUAUUUUAUUUUUUACUUUUACUCGGUUGUUUUGGGGAUAUUUUUUUUUUUAUUUUUUUUUUUUUUUUUUUUGCCCCAACAUUUUUUUCCAGUUACUAACUGAUUGCUUCUGCUUCACCUGUUUAACCUUUCUGUCUGCUCAUGUACAAUAUUCAUGCUCAUUAUUGCGUUCAUGACUGUAAUGAUUAGUUAAUUGUACAACAAGCACUGAAAUGUAAGGUUGUGUGUUAUUUGAUUUCAAAAGAUGGUUUUUACCUUGUCUAGAGACUUUGUUUAUAUUGUCUCUACAAAUAUGUUAUUUAUUUAAAUGCUUGAUGUAAUUUUUGUAAAAAAGGGUCUCAAUUUUUAAUCAAAAACCUUUUUUCUGUUACAUCAUUCUAUGACUACUUGCAUAUGUUUGGAUGUUUCUUUUUUUUUUUUUUUUCCCCCCCAAACAAGACAAAUCCUAAACUUAUUAAACUUGUCCUCGGAGUCC